GCGCUGGGCUGGCGCGGCUCGAGCCGCGGCCGCACUGACAGCUCCGUCUGCGGACCAUGGAGACCGGUGCCGCUCCACACCCGCUGCGCCUGCUCGUCUGUCUGAUGCCGCUCUGUCUCGCGCUGCUUUUGGGACCUGGGCGGCCUGGGACCGCCGAGGAAGUUGUCCUGCUCGAUUCCAAAGCCUCUCAAGCUGAGCUGGGCUGGACCGCACUGCCAAGUAACGGGUGGGAGGAGAUAAGCGGCGUGGACGAACACGACCGUCCCAUCCGCACGUACCAAGUGUGCAACGUGCUGGAGCCCAACCAGGACAACUGGCUGCAGACCGGCUGGAUCGGCCGCGGCCGCGGGCAGCGCAUCUUCGUGGAGCUACAGUUCACGCUGCGAGACUGCAGCAGCAUCCCCGGCGCCGCGGGCACCUGCAAGGAGACCUUCAACGUCUACUAUCUGGAGAGCGAGGCCGACGCGGGCCGAGGGCGUCCCCGCCUCGGCGGCAGCCGGCCCCACAAGAUCGACACGAUCGCGGCGGACGAGAGCUUCACGCAGGGCGACCUGGGCGAGCGCAAGAUGAAGCUGAACACAGAGGUGCGCGAGAUCGGCCCGCUCAACGGGCGGGGUUUCCACCUGGCCUUCCAGGACGUGGGCGCAUGCGUGGCACUGGUCUCGGUGCGCGUCUACUACAAGCAGUGCCGCGCUACCGUGCGGGGCCUGGCGGCGUUCCCGGCCACCGCGGCCGAGAGCGCCUUCUCCACGCUGGUGGAAGUGACCGGGACGUGCGUGGCACACUCGGAAGGGGAGCCCGGCAGCCCCCCACGCAUGCACUGCGGCGCCGAUGGCGAGUGGCUGGUGCCUGUGGGCCGCUGCAGCUGCAGUGCCGGAUUCCAGGAGCGAGGCGACAUCUGUGAAGCCUGUCCCCCAGGGUUUUACAAGGUGUCCCCGCGGCGGCCGCUCUGCUCACCCUGCCCCGAGCACAGCCGGGCCCUGGAGAACGCCUCCACCUUCUGCGUGUGCCAGGACAGCUAUGCGCGCUCGCCCACCGACCCGCCCUCGGCCUCCUGCACCCGGCCGCCGUCGGCGCCGAGGGACCUGCAGUACAGCCUGAGCCGCUCGCCGCUGGCGCUGCGGCUGCGCUGGCUGCCGCCGGCCGACUCCGGCGGCCGCUCGGACGUCACGUACUCGCUGCUGUGCCUGCGCUGCGGCCGCGACGGCCCGGGGGGCGCGUGCGAGCCGUGCGGGCCGCGCGUGGCCUUCGUGCCGCGCCAGGCCGGACUGCGCGAGCGCGCGGCCACGCUGCUGCACCUGCGGCCCGGCGCGCGCUACACCGUGCGCGUGGCCGCGCUCAACGGCGUCUCGGGCCCAGCGGCCGCCGCGGGAGCCACCUACGCGCAGGUCACCGUCUCCACCGGGCCCGGGGCACCCUGGGAGGAAGAUGAGAUCCGUAGGGAGCGAGUGGAGCCCCAGAGCGUGUCCCUGUCGUGGCGGGAGCCCAUCCCCGCGGGAGCCCCAGGGGCCAACGGCACGGAGUACGAGAUCCGCUACUACGAGAAGGGUCAGAAUGAGCAGACUUACUCCACGGUGAAGACAGGGGCGCCCGCGGUCACCGUCACCAACCUGAAGCCGGCUACCCGCUACGUUUUUCAGAUCCGGGCGGCUUCCCCGGGGCCCUCCUGGGAGGCCCAGAGCUUCAACCCCAGCAUUGAAGUGCAGACCCCUGGGGAAGUUGCCUCAGGGCCCAGGGACCAGAGCCCAGCAGUUGUUGUCACCGUGGUGACCAUCUCAGCCCUCCUUGUCCUGGGCUCCGUGAUGAGCGUGCUGGCCGUUUGGAGGAGGCCCUGCAGCUCCGGCAAAGGCGGCGCCGACGCCCACGAUGAGGAGGAGCUGUACUUCCACUUCAAAGUCCCGACACGUCGCACGUUCCUGGAUCCCCAGAGCUGCGGGGACCCGCUGCAGGCGGUGCAUCUGUUCGCCAAGGAGCUGGAUGCGAACAGCGUCACGCUGGAGCGGAGCCUCGGAGCAGGGCGGUUUGGGGAGCUGUGCUGUGGCUGCCUGCAGCUGCCGGGCCGCCAGGCGCUGCCUGUGGCCGUGCACACGCUGAGGGAAGGCAGCUCAGACUCGCAGCGGCUCAGCUUCCUGGCAGAGGCCCUCACACUGGGCCAGUUCGACCACAGCCACAUCGUGCGGCUGGAGGGCGUUGUCACGCGGGGAAGUCCCUUGAUGAUUGUCACCGAGUACAUGAGCCACGGGGCCCUGGAUGACUUCCUCAGGCAGCACGAGGGGCAGCUGGUGGCAGGGCAGCUGAUGGGGUUGCUGCCAGGCCUGGCGUCAGCCAUGAAGUAUCUGUCGGAGAUGGGCUACGUUCACCGGGGCCUGGCGGCCCGCCGCGUGCUGGUCAGCCCCGGCCUCCUGUGUAAGAUCUCCGGCUUCGGGCGGGGUCCCCGGGACCGAGCGGAGGCUGUGUACACCACCAUGAGUGGCCGGAGCCCGGCGCUGUGGGCCGCCCCCGAGACGCUCCAGUUCGGCCACUUCAGCUCUGCCAGUGACGUGUGGAGCUUCGGUGUCGUCAUGUGGGAGGUGAUGGCCUUUGGGGAGCGACCCUACUGGGACAUGUCUGGCCAAGACGUGAUCAAGGCUGUGGAGGAUGGCUUCCGGCUGCCACCCCCCAGGAACUGCCCCUCUGCACUGCACCGACUCAUGCUUGACUGCUGGCAGAAGGACCCCGGGGAGCGGCCCAGGUUCUCCCAGAUCCAUAGCCUCCUGAGCAGAAUGGGGCAGGACCCUGAACCCCCAAAGGGUGCUGCGGCCCCCUGUGCCAGGCCUCCCACCCCCUUGGCCGACCGUGCCUUCUCCACCUUCCCCUCCUUCGGCUCCGUGGGUGCGUGGCUGGAGGCCCUGGACCUGUGCCGUUACAAGGACAGCUUCACUGCCGCUGGCUACGGGAGCCUGGAGGCCGUGGCCGAGAUGACUGCCCAGGACCUGACGAGCCUGGGCAUCUCUUCGGCAGAACAUCGAGAGGCCCUCCUCAGCGGGAUCAGCGCCCUGCGGGCCCGAGUCCUGCAGCUGCAGGGCCAGGGGGUGCAGGUGUGAGCGGGCCCCUGUGGGAGUGCAGACCCCCAGCCCUGCCCCAGGGACCUGGCGCUGCACUCUGCCUGGGUGGGAGUGAGCGCUCCCCCUCCUCUUGGGCCCAGAGCUGAUUUGGAGCCACGGCAUCCCCGCAUUUCACUGGCUGCUCCUUUCAUUUCCACUCUGGACAUCUUGGCUGACUUGGUGCCCCUGGCAAAGAGGUUCAGGACCCUGGGGAGGACUUGGGAGCUGACAGCAGAGGCAAUCCAGGGGCAGGGAUGGAGGGAAGGUGGCCGAGGUUAAGCUGCCCCCUGCCCUGUGCCCUCUGUCUUUCCCACCUGCUGGGGUCUGGGACCUGCCCCUUUUCUAGACACACUGGCCAGUCCAACAGCAUGGGCCACCAAGGGGCUUUCAUCUGACCUGGCAGCGACCACAGCUGCCUAGCAUCCCAGGCGAGGGAGGCUGGGCCACAGGGGCAGCGUCUUUAGCUCCCUGUGCCUUGGCUGGGGCCUGUCUGGACACUGGCCCAAGGCCCAGGAGGGCAAAGGUGGCACUGAGCUCCGGGGCUGGACCCCAAGGGCCUGAGACUCAGGAGCUGACUGCUUCCCUUCCCUUGGGCUGACAGUUCAGAGUAAGGGCCAGGGGCCUGUCUGGGCCGUGCAAGGUCCUGGUGCUCCCCUGGGGCCCCAUGAGGGCCCCCCAUUUGCAUUCAUUUUAUGAACUCAGUGGCCCAGAUGUGGGGGAAGAGUGUAAAGGGACAUAGCUUCUUCCUGAGGACCCAAGAGCUCUGCUGUCCAGCCUGGGGAUGGAGAGAGGUUUCUCAGAGAUGGGUCUUCCGUCUCUAAUAGGAUGAACUAACCCCCACUGUACAGAUGGGGAAACUGAGGCCCAGAGCUGGCCAGAGCUGGAGGCAGAACCCAAUCCGGGGACAAGGCUGGCUCUGGGCAGAGUCCCAGUCUUGCCCAGUGGCACCAACGGUCUUCCCAGAGGCAGUCCAGGGAUCACCUUGGAGGUGACCAGCUCCACACCUGGGCACGGCUAUCCUCCCACAGGGCACCUCCUCCCUCUGGCUUCUGUGGCCGACUCCAGAGCUCUUUAUCCAGGCGGCCCCUGGCAGCAGUGGUGACCAUGAGACCAGGGCUGUGGGGGGGUCGUAGGAAGGCUGCUGGGUCUGGACAGGGCCUGGCUCACUCUGACAGAUACCUGCUGCAGUCUGGCUGUGCGGGCAGUGGUGUGGGGUGGGCUGGGGAGGAGUUGAAGGGUGGAGGAAGGAGGUGUGGGAGGCAGAGGGCGUGCCCUGGGAGGCCCAGACUAGGCGGGGAGAUGAGCUCAGGACCAGGGGGUAACACGGGGCGCCCUCUAGGUCAGUUGCGUGUUGGGGGAGGGGUGAACAGACAGGCUUAGCUGAGGUGGGAGGUGAGUAGGUUCUCUCCCUGGGUGGUGGAGUUUUCAGCAGAUGCCGUGCCAGGGGCUGGAAGGGGCAGCGCAUCCCUGGGGAGGGGCCGGUGACUCAGCAGUGCCUUUGCCACCCCUCCCCUGCCCCCAGCUCAGUGACUUUGAGGGUACCAGGACAGACCAAGCUAUUGAUUCACCUUUGACAGGAUUGGGGGGGGGUGCGGGGGGGCUCCUGCCAGGUGUCCUGCAGGCCCUGCCUUGCCCACCCACUCCUGGGAGCCUGGUCCAGCAUCCAGGGGGACAGAGGGGCCUGUGUCCUGUCUUGGGUGGACAGAGCCUCCCUCCCAUCUCCGGCAAUGUCAGUCGUUCUCUUAGGGUCAAAGGCCUCCAGCUGUCGCAUGGAGGGGCCCUGGCUGUGUAGGCAGGACUUCGGCGUCCAGGGUAGAUCUCCCCUCCACCGAGGAGCGAGGUCCCAGCAUCCUGAAGGGCCCCAGGCCUCAGCCCGCACAGGCGCUGGCGAGAUGCAGGGUGAUGGCUCUCGGCGAGCCCUCUAUAGAUCUAUUUUUAUAUGGAACUUGUUCACUGGACAGAGGGAGGUGGCCUGCACCCCCCACCCCACCACCCCCAUCUGAGUCCACCCAGUGAGGGAGGGGACCACUGGUGGGGGGAUGGUUCCUUGGACUAAUCCUAGAGAUGUUUUUAUAUUUCUUGGGUUCUAUGUCCAGGACAAAGUAAUAAAAACUUGUCUGUGACGUGCUG